AUGCACACUUUCGAGCGGCUGAUUGAUCCGAGGAGGGCUCCCAGCCUCAUGAGAGGGGCAAACCAGUCAAGUGUCUCUGAGUUCCUUCUGGGGCUCUCCAGGCAGCAGCCCCACUUUGUCCUCUUCCUGAGCAUCUACUUUGAAACACUCAUCCUCCUGGUCAUUAGCAUGGAUUACCUGCACACUCCCAUGUACUUCUUCCUUAGCAACCUGUCCUUGGUGGACAUCUGCUUCUCUCCAUCCAUGCCCAAGAUGCUGGUCAACCACAAACUCGAGAAUCAGACCAUCUCCUUCUCUGGGUGUCUCACACAGAUGUAUUUCCUCUUUGACCUUGCCGACAUGGACAAUUUCCUUCUGACUGUGAUGGCCAUGACUGCUUUUUCACCAUAUUCUACCCCUUUACACUACUCAACAAAGAUGAUCCACCAGCUCUGUGCUCUGCUGGUCACUGGGUUAUGGGUCAUUGCCAACCUGAAUGAUUGAUUGUAAACUUUGCUGAUGGCUCGACUCCUGUUCUGUGCAGACAAUACCUUCCCCCACUUCUGUGAUGUGACUCCCCUCCUGAAACUCUAUUGCUCUGACACACACAUCAAUGAGAUGAUGAUUCUGACUGAGGGUGCCCUGAUCAUGAUUACCCCAUUUGUUUGCAUCCUGACUUCCUAUAUCCAUAUCACCUGUGCUGUCCUGAGAGUCCCAUUCACAAAGGGAAGACAGAAAGCCUUCUCCACCUGUGCCUCACACCUGGCUGUGGUUUUCCUCUUCUAUGGUACCAUCACUGCUGUGUAUUUCAACCUUUCAUCCUUGCACUCAUCUGAGAAGGACAACACAGCUACUGUGAUUUACACAGUGGUGACCCUCAUGCUGCACCCUUUCCUCUACAGCCUGAGGAAUGGGGACUUGAAAGGGCCCUGCAAAAAAUAA